UGGAAUGUAAACUUUCAUUCUUCUACUUGCUGCUAAGGUGCUUUUGGGGUGGAAUUAUGCUUUUUCUACAUUAAUUCUGAAUUAACAAAGUGCAACAUAUCCUGAUAUCAAGAUCUUCAGAAUAUUAAGAAUUGUUUUAUAACGGACAUUGCGAGAAUAUUCGCUUGAUCUAGAAUGUGGUGUAAACUGUUAUAUCAGUCAUUUUAACUGGAAUUUUGCACAGAAGCAAUUCAGGGAAAUGGGAGAGGACUUUAAUGAUGAUGAAUAUACCUUUUCCGACAAGGAGCUCCGAGAGCUUCUGUCUAACAAGAAUAUGCUUCAAAGAAUCAUGCAUAAGUUUUUAGAUAAUUUAAUUGAUGAACUAACAUUAGGUAUAAUUUUUGAGGUGCACAGAGCAGCCACAUUAAUAGGGCUGGAUCCUGAACCAGAUCAGUCUACUACACAUAUAGAUCCAGAUUCUCAUGACAUUUUUGGAAAUGACAUCCUGGUGCAAGACAACUGCGAUUGCCCCAAGUGUGAUAGAGUUCUUGCUAUCUCAAGGUUUGCUUCUCAUUUAGAACAAUGCAUGGGUUUCGGUCGUAGGAAAAAUCCCAGCAGAGGAACUUCUCAUAGUAUUAUUGGUAAUAAUAGCAACAGUAACAACAGUUCCAAUAGUAAUAAAAGCACCAAAGACAAAGAAGAGGAUGCUAGUGACUAUGGGGAUGAUGAUUUUGAAUGGAGUUCCAGGCAGAAGACUAGGAAGAGGAAAAGGAAUAGAAGUAAAAAAGGAAAAGGAACACCAAAGAAAGGUAGUAAUGCUCUCUCCGAUAUGGAUUCGGUCAAUGUCGACGUCGAAGGCGAUGAAGAUUGUGAUAUAAUGCUGCGUGAUAUAAUGCAGGACAAUUCCAAUCAAUCGUCGCCUGCCGAAUCGGUGGCUAGCAGCAAUGCAUCGAAGAAGCGUGAUAAAUCUGGGAAAAAUAAAAAAAACCGAAGGGUUCGCACUUCACCUAAUAUUAACUUAGAGUAAAAACAGAAUCACACAUUUUCUGUGUGUUUUAAACGCAUGAAUAAAUUUUUAAUUAGUAUAUUAUUUAUUAUUAUAAUUAAUGUUACGUAUUUAUGAAACUAUAAAUAAGAAAAUGGAAAGGUCAGAAUGCGCCAUGAGACAAAAAAAAAAACUACCUCAUUUUGGGACUUAAUUUAUACUUUUAUUUGAAUAAAUAUUGCGCAUUAAGGUUAA